AUGAGCCCACCGGCAGAAAAGUUGGCCCACCAUGAGCACGGACAAAUUUUGGAAACAAACAAAUUUGCGAUUUUAACGUAUCCCAUAAAGACAGUUAGACAGUUUUUGAUGGUCGAAUAUCUCAGGAGAGCUACAGUCGGACCGAAAGAAUUUGGAUCGGCUAAAUUAAAAGUUAGCAAAGAAUUUUUAGUGUUGUGCUAUUUGCGGUUUGUUAAUUCGAAGGAGAAGAACAGAAUGGGUGAAAAAUAUGAGUGGCCACGUUUAUCGGAGGUGGUUCUCUACAGACGUAAGGUCAGGAUGCUGGUUCAUGAAGUUAUUGAACGCACUCCUUUGCAACUUCCAAUCAGCUGGGAUAGUGUUUGGUGGGCAGUAAUAAUGGGCAUUGAACACGAGAGAAUCCAUAUAGAAACCUCGUCCGUCCUCAUCAGACAACUGCCUGUUAGUCUGGUCAAGAGACCUGACGGUUGGUCCUAUGCACCAACAGUAAACUACCACGAAGCAAAAGCAUAUUGCAAGUGGAAGUCCGUUAAAGAGCUGGAUGGAAGCAGUUUCUACAGAUUGUUAUCUGAGGCGGAAUAUAAAAUUCUGAGAGGAGAUGACGAUUUAAAAAGUGGUCAAGCGGCUAACAUAAAUUUAAUCUUUGGCUCUUCAACUUGGUUGGAGGAUGAUUACAACGCUCUGCCUGGAUUUGAGACUCAUUACUUAUACCACGAUUACUCAUAUUCUUAUUUUGAAGGGCAGUAUACUUUAGUAGCCGUAAGUUGA